ACAUCAGUAGAGCUGCAGCCAUUAGUUAACAGAUUAAUCGAGUGAAGUGUUGAUUAACUGUUGUGACCAAUAUCACCUAGAGUAUAUUUUGAUCUUAAGGCUUCAAGUUAAGGGUGUACUUGUUUGCAUUUUAGGCCAUUUUGGAAUGUGAAAUUUUAAAAAAAUAAAGAAGAGGAAAAGGUACCCCUUUUUUCUAACACUGAAACAGUUGCCUCAAGCUUAUAAGCUGCCUCAAAGUGGCUGCAGGGAGAACAUGCGGAUUCCUCUUUCACCCAUGAAGCUUACAUCCAUGGACAUAGACUUUCUCAAGAAAGUUUCUUGGGAUGGAAGAAUGUGUUUUUAUUGGACUACAUGCUCAGAGGUGAGUGUUGUGCCUGGUGAUCCUCCUCAGACCCACUAGCCAUGCCAGGGAUUGUGGUUUUCCGGCGUCGCUGGUCUGUAGGCAGUGAUGACCUUGUUUUGCCCGCCAUCUUUCUCUUCCUCCUUCAUACCACAUGGUUUAUAAUACUUUCUGUUGUGCUGUUUGGACUGGCAUACAAUCCCAAUGAGACCUGCUCUCUCAACCUGGUGGACCACGGGAGAGGCUAUUUGGGUAUUUUGCUCAGUUGCAUGAUCGCAGAAGUUGCAAUCAUCUGGCUCAGCAUGCGUGGCAGUAUCCUGUACACAGAACCCCGGGACUCAAUGCAAUAUGUGCUGUACGUCAGACUGGCCAUCCUGGUGAUUGAAUUUGUCUAUGCUAUUGUGGGCAUUGUUUGGUUAACCCAGUACUACAGCUCCUGCAAUGAUGUUACUGCCAAGAGUGUCACUUUGGGAAUGGUGGUCUGCAACUGGGUUGUGAUUCUGAGUGUCUGCAUCACUGUCCUAUGCGUCUUUGACCCAACAGGCCGGACCUUUGUCAAACUGCGAGCCACAAAGAGGAGACAACGUAACUUAAGGACAUACAAUUUAAGACAUCGCUUAGAGGAAGGACAGGCUAGCAGUUGGACCCGACGGCUUAAAGUUUUCCUUUGUUGCACACGCACAAAAGAUUCCCAAUCAGAUGCUUACUCUGAAAUUGCGUAUUUGUUUGCUGAGUUUUUCCGAGAUCUUGAUAUAGUCCCAUCCGAUAUCAUAGCAGGUCUAGUACUGCUACGUCAGCGGCAGAGGGCAAAACGCAGUGCAGUAUUGGAUGAAGCAAACAAUGAUAUCCUAGCCUUCUUGUCAGGAAUGCCAGUAACCAGAAACACCAAAUAUUUGGAUCUGAAAAACUCACAAGAAAUGCUUCGCUACAAAGAGGUCUGUUACUAUAUGCUCUUUGCAUUGGCUGCUUAUGGCUGGCCCAUGUACUUGAUGAGAAAACCUGCUUGCGGACUCUGUCGACUGGCCAGAUCUUGCUCAUGCUGUUGUCUUUGCCCCACUCGGCCCCGCUAUGCCCCUGGUGUCACUAUUGAGGAAGAUAACUGCUGUGGCUGCAAUGCUAUUGCCAUCCGUCGCCACUUUCUUGAUGAAAAUAUGACAGCUGUGGACAUUGUAUAUACUUCGUGUCAUGAUGCGGUCUAUGAAACCCCCUUCUAUGUGGCGGUAGAUCAUGAGAAAAAAAAAGUGGUCAUCAGUAUCCGAGGAACUUUGUCUCCAAAGGAUGCUCUGACUGAUCUGACUGGAGAUGCUGAGCGCCUCCCAGUGGAAGGUCAUCAUGGAACCUGGCUUGGGCACAAGGGAAUGGUGCUGUCUGCUGAGUAUAUUAAAAAGAAAUUAGAGCAAGAGAUGGUGCUCUCUCAGGCCUUUGGUCGUGAUUUGGGCAGAGGAACAAAACAUUAUGGCCUCAUUGUGGUGGGCCAUUCUCUAGGGGCAGGCACAGCUGCCAUUCUGUCCUUUUUGCUCCGUCCACAAUACCCAACUCUAAAGUGCUAUGCCUACUCUCCCCCAGGUGGCCUUUUAAGUGAGGAUGCCAUGGAGUACUCCAAAGAGUUUGUGACAGCAGUUGUUUUGGGUAAAGACUUAGUCCCCAGGAUUGGCCUCUCACAGCUGGAGGGAUUUCGCCGGCAGCUGCUUGAUGUUCUACAGAGAAGCACCAAACCAAAGUGGAGAAUCAUUGUGGGUGCAACAAAGUGCAUACCCAAGUCUGAGCUUCCUGAAGAACCUGAGGGGAAUUCAGUGACCAGUAACCGCCUCUGGGCCCAUCCUAGUGACCUGACUAUUGCCCUGUCAGCCAGCACACCACUCUACCCUCCUGGUCGCAUCAUCCAUGUGGUACACAAUCACCCUGCUGAGCAGUGCUGCUGCUGUGACCAGGACGAACCCACAUAUUUUGCCAUUUGGGGGGACAACAAAGCAUUUAAUGAAGUAAUAAUUUCUCCAGCAAUGCUACAUGAACACCUGCCAUACGUAGUAAUGGAGGGUCUUAACAAGGUCCUGGAAAAUUACAACAAGGGCAAGACUGCUUUGCUUUCUGCAGCCAAAGUGAUGGUGAGUCCUACAGAAGUGGAUCUCAACCCGGAGCUAAUCUUCCAGAAUCAACCCCUGCCUAGUAGACCUUCUGUGCAGAUUGGAAUUGGAGACAUAGCAGUGGACAGAAGGAACAGCAGUGCUAAGAGUAAGGCUCACUCUGAAAUCAGUUUGGAAGGGUUUUAUGAGACCAAGCUUCUAUCUCCAGUGCAGAAGGAUCCUGUGGAGAUCCUGCUUCUCGAUACCAAGGAGCGCCUUUCUGUAGAACUGCAAGACCGGCGUGCUCCUCUUGCCACAAUGGAGAGCCUGUCUGAUAAUGAAUCCAUCUACAGCUUUGAUUCAAGGCGUUCUUCUGGUUUCCGUAGUAUCCGUGGCUCACCCAGCCUCCAUGCAGUUAUGGAAAAAGACGAGACCCACUGUUUUUAUAUUGAUCCAGCAAUCCCUGAAGAGAACCCCUCUCUCAGUUCACGGACAGAACUGCUUGCUGCUGACAGCCUCUCCAAACACUCACAGGAAACUCAGCCUCCUGAAGCCAUGCCCAACAGUGGAGGCACCACUCCUCAGCGUCAAUGCAGUGAUGAGGAGGCUGGCAGUGAUGCCGACCCCAUUUCCUUCACUCCUCGGGAGGAACUGACCCUCCAUAAUGGGCGGCUAAGUGAUGACCCCAGCCCUCAAGUACUGGAAUUUGCAGAGUUUAUAGAUAGCCUAUUUAACCUGGACAGUAAAAGCAGCUCCUUCCAGGACAUCUACUGCAUGAUGGUAUCAGACAGCACCAGUGAUUUUGCUGAGAUGCCCAAGUCUGUCAGUGAUCAGGAGAUCCUGCUAAGAGCACAGUAUGAACCUAAUUUAGUUCCAAAACCCCCCAGGUUAUUUGCAGGCUCAACAGAUCCCUCCUCAGGCAUAUCAGUUUCUCCUUCUUUCCCCCUGAGUUCUUCUGGAGAGCUAAUGGACAUCACUCCUACAGGCAUGAGUAGCCAGGAAUGUCUGGCCACAGACAAAAUCCGGACUUCCACUCCCACUGGAAAUAUGACCAGUCCCACCAAGCAAGAAGACCUUGUUAUCUCAGCCCUCUAGUAGGGGAGGGGAAUAACUAGUUAGUCCCAUACAGUAAGCCAUGGGAUAACACUUGGAGGAGCUGGUCACUCAACUGGUGAGAGUUGGGGGAAAUGCAUGAGGAAGGGUGGUAACCCUUCCUAGGUGCUACAUUAAUGGCACCAGAAGAAUGUCAGCAUGAAAGAUGCCAUAACUUGGGUCAUGUUCUUAAGUUAGGGAGAGAAUCACUGCCUAACACAGCCUGCUGCUUUUUGAGGGCCUUGUUAAUUGAAGUUAGAUGGUUGGUGUCCCUACCUCAGCAUAUUUGUUCAACAAGAAGGCAGAUUCCGUGCCUCUACUGCUGAAAUUAGGAAAAUACUGCCCAUAGGUUAGAGAACCAGAGUUACUGAAGCUGAGGGUUCAGAUAAUGUUCCUAUAGUCUUGGCAAAAGGAAGGAAAUUGUGACUUUGGGCCCUAUUGCACUAGCAUGUCAUGUUUGACCCAAGCACAUAUUCUGGUUGUCAUCAUUGUGAUUUAUUAUUAUUUUAAUUAUACACACUCUCCUGUUUUAUAGUCAUUAAGCUGUGUUCCAGAGGAAUGCUGCCACCCUUCUCCUAGCCUUGACUGGAUGCAGUGAGAAUUGGGAUGGGGCUGUGUGUGUUGCUCCCCUGAUUAGCUCUGUGUUCAGUGAUCAACCAGACUUCUUCUGAGAAGAAAGUAUGUACAUGUGUCGGAGAGCUGAAGAUCAUUCCUAUAUUUCCUCACCCACUGGAGGGGUGAGAGGUCUCUGGGGUCUCACACCAUUGCACGGCUUUCCAAAUCGCAGUGAGCUAGUGACAAUCUUGCUCUCUGACAUAAUUUUCAUUUCUGUUUGCAUGGAUUGGUUGGUUUAAACUAGCUUUUGUGUUCAAGAGGCUUACCAAUACCCUUUGUUAUUCCUCAUAUCCUUGUGUCCAAAACCAUUUUGUCCCGAUUCAAGACCUUUCACUUAUCUGCAGUAUCAUGGCAGACCAAUGCUGGUCUGUCCCUGAGUUCAGGGAAAAGGUAGACUUUUACUGCAUGUUGAAGUCUCAUGUAUGUUUACAGAGCUACUAAGCAUUUUAGAAGGUAUUUAUUUAAGCAAAUGGGAAAUCCCUGUCUUAGUGAGAAAACAUUCCCUCCGCUUCUUCAUAUCCCUCCCUCCCAAGAGAACUAUGGGAUGGGUAAGAAAUACUGCUGUUCCUAAUCCUUAUUAGAAGGUAAGGACAGAGUGCCUCCAUGUUUCCAUCCCUUCACUCACUUUUAAUGUUAGGGGCUUCUCAUAGUCAUCCAACUGCAGAGCAGCAAGUAACGAAAUUGCAUCUCAGCCCCUUGUCCUGCAGCUUGGUAUUCACGUCUGAGAGAGCCUCAGUAGUCAUUAUGACAUGUUGGCACUGUGUAAAAUUGCAGGGAUUUUCUGUGGAUGAAAAUAGGAGUGAAAGAGGUUUUAUAGGUUAAGCAUACUGUGAUCUACUAUCCUUAUAUACAAAAGUAUCAUAACGUAUCAGAAUGUGGCAUUAAUGCAGCAAGAAAACUCUUACUACAGGUCUGUUCAAUAUGCAGUCUCUAGUGUGCACUAACUAGCUAUGCAUCACAGCCCAUCAGGUACUGCCUUGAUUCAGUUCCCUGGCUUUGCAACCUAAGGGUGGCUUUCCUGUAUCUGGUGAGUACCAGUAGAUGACUGGCUUGCUAUGUAUCACUUAGAGACAUGUUGCAAAAAAAUUGCUGAGAUAAGAACAUCAGCUCUUCUUGGUAACUAAAAUUGCCAUCAUGUGCAUGUCUACCUGAAUGUAAGUCUCACUGUAUUAAUUCAAUGAGACUUCGCUUGUAGGUAUGUUGCUUAGAAUUGCAGCCUUAGUUCAGUUACCCAACAAAACUCUAGAAUCAAAUUUUGUCUUGCAUAUUUUAACAGUUCUGUUCUCACUUACUGGAAAACCAGACUUCAUUGAACUCUGGAGAUUUCCUGGUGAGUAAGCAUACAUUAAACUGGGGUUGUGUAAAUCAGUGCACCCAUAUUAUAUAAUAUAUAAUAAGGCAGGGUGUUAGUGAAUUGGGGAGUUGUUAAUUGAAAAUGCCAGUAUUAAAUAUGACAGCGUAAGGGUUAACCACUUUUUCUGCCUUGAAGUUAUGAAGCAUUGGAAGUCCAGAAGUUUUCUUUUAUAAAAUCCUACAGUUUUAAAAAUGUUGAUUUUAUUGUUUAGGAUUUUCCAGAGUAAGAUUUGGUUUUUAAUUGUUUCCUUAUUUUCAAUAUUUUUACAGUGAGGAAGAAUUCCUUCAAUCUUUUAAAUUCCAUUUUUAAAUGCAUUUCUGUUUUGUUGAAGAAUUAGGUACUCUUUUUGUAGUUGCUGCAAGUAUUUUGGCUCCUUUUGGUGGUCUUAAGGCAGCUAUAGUUCCACUUAGGCUGACAAGGCAUCCUUCUUCACUAAAGACACAGUGGAAAAUUGUGAAUAGCUAAAAGUAAUUUUUGAAGAGAGCACAUUAUAAAUGACAAAAUUUAAGAUGAAAGUGAGAAAGUUGUGGGUAUGGCAAAGUUUUAUGUUGCAAGAGCUUGUUUUAGAAUAGGCUGCCCAAACUGCAUUUUCCUUUUAGGGAUCCGAUGCAAUCCAAGUAGUCUGUUUGUUUUACAGAAGCACUGCCUUGUGAAUGAUGCAGUGCUAAUAAUUAGCACCUAGAGACCACUUUAAACUUAAAAGCACUUUAUAAAUAAAUUGAAUGAAUUUUCCCAACUUUUGUGGGUUAUGAGAAUGUGGGUGGGGGAAGGAAGAAGUGUGUGACCUUCUAUGUGUGUAUGUACACAGUAUAUCUACUGUUUUACUGGAUGGCGGUAGUAGUGCUGUCUUCAAAAAUCUUGCAAGGUUAGUUGAAGGCGUUUGCAUACUUUAUUACAUUACUUUAGGCUUGGAGUGCAAGGUUUAAAGAAUACUGGGGAGAUGGUGCAGCUUUGCUUGGAGAAGUUUUAAUUUGUUGUCUCAGUGGUGGUCAGAUUGUGAUUGAGUCAACCUAUUGCAAUACAAUAUCAUGCCUGACCUGAGCAGCAAUUCAAAAUCUAUUUCAUGGAUUUUUGCUGGUUUUGUUUCCUUUACAACCUGUUUCAUUCUAUUGCAAGAGACUGUUUGUCCCCUCUUCCAUAUCAAUGACAAGACAAAUCAAGAGCACCAUAACUGUGUUUGGCCAGAUUAUCUGUGCAUUCUGGUGACUCAUGCUCUUGCACUGACUAGAUUAAAAUGAAAUUGACUCGGAAUAUCUAUUUGCUGCAUGACAUCAUAGUAUCCUGCCUGUCCUAUUUACUAUUUUCUUUAAAAAAGGCGUCUCUUAGUCCUUUUUCUUUUUAAACACAAGAAGCAAACAUAUAUCUAUUCCAAUUAUAGGAAACAGCUUGAAAAUCACAUGCUGAUACAAAAGUGCUUCCAGAUGUAUGGCUGCUAGUGCUACCAGUCAGACAUCACUGUGCAGCUAUUUCAUCUUUUCCAUCUUAAAAAAAAUUGAACAAGUAGUGAUAAAACAUAAAAUUGUUACAGACUGAUUUUUGGACUGUGUAGACAGAAAUCAGGUUGGCUCUGGGCAUCCAAUUGCAGGGUAAAUGCCUCAUCUUGAAGCAUCCAUAUAUCCUGACUCACUAUUGAGUUUCAUGCUUAAACACAUUGCUACCUCUUUCAGACAUGCUACAUCCUGCAGCUUACUAUGUUGAUGUUCUCUCUGCUCUGAUGGAUUGGUUUUUGGUCUCCUCUACUGCGGUUUGAAAGCCACUACCAUGUGUUUACUCAUUUUGCUCAUCCAAGAUCACUGGCUAGUAUAUUUGGGAUGGGAUUGCACUACUCUGGUGAAGGUUUGAAACAGAGUAAGCCAAUUAGUUUACACUCAGAAGCUGUAUUUUGAGCACUUUAGAUAUAGAAAUGUAUGAUCAAAAGCCCGUUAUACAUGCUGUUGCAGCUUUGCCAAAACGCUCUCACAAAGGAUAUCUGCCAGAUGAUACUUUAUGAUUUAAUGCAUCUUGAAACACUUUCGUGGCACACUUUAACAGUGGAAAGCUUCUGAUGACUUCUGAUGGCCCUACUGGAAUGUAAUCCAGGAGCAUGUACAAGAAAUACAUCUGUUUUCAAUAUAUUGGAGUUCAAUCUUCUUUCUGCAGCUCAAAAGAUUUUUGGCCCUCACUAGUCAUAUGGCAGACAAAAAUUAUUUUUGAAAGAGGGUAUUCAUACAUUCAUACAAUAUGCUAAUCCUGAAUGCCUGUGUGUGACUACACAUGAAACAUGGUGUAGCAAGAUUUGCAGUAAAUUCCCUGUGGGUGGAAGGAGAUGAGUGUUUAAAGUCCACUUCUGAUAGCAACUUUCAAGUGGUUUCAGAUGUACAGCACCCCUUGUGUAAUGUUGCUCCUUUUCUGUUAGCUUCAGUUAGCAGUUCACAUUUCUGAUUCUGUCAGGGUAGCUAUCCAUCUUCAAACAUCUCUGUUCAACUUAUUCAUCAUUUUUCCCUCUUAUCUCAUUCUCCUGAUUCUAAAAUACUCAAUUUCUUUGCUUCUAACCUUUCAUCCUAGUUAUCACUGGAGGCAUCUCAUUUUAUUUGAUGUACCCAAUCUUUUCUACAUUUCAAAGUGAAAGAUUUUCCCCAAGGGAGUGUUGCUGUUGCAAAAAUGCUGCCUUUUUCUAGCAUUCAAAUUAUAGUAUUCUUUACUGGGAAAACAUUAUUCCAUUGUCAUAGGCCCGUUACAGACGGGCACCCUAGGACGGACUCAGUCCGUGCUAGGGUUAGAAAGGGGCGUCUCUUCCAGACGCCCCUAACCCAAGCAUGG